AUGGAACAGCGAUAUUCGAGGUCCAGUCGAUCCCCGGAUGUCUGUCCUUUUGUAAAGAGUGCGUCGGCGCUUGAGAAGAGAGAGGAUCAACGCGAACGGUGCUGGUGUAGUCUGUUCGUCCUAGCUUUUUUGCCUUCUUGUUCUCUAUCUUCUUCUCUUCCUUUUUAUUCUUCUUCCACCUCCUCCACAUUCUUAAUCAUUUUCUUCUUCCUCCUCCUCCUCCUCCUUCUUCUUUGCCACCUUAUUCUUAUAUUUUUUUCCCUAACUUUUUCUUUUUUUGACCUUCUCUUCCUUAAUCUUUUUACUCUUUCUUCUGCUUCUUUCUUUUUUCUUCAUCAUAAAUUUUUGCUCCUCCUUUUUCUUUUCCUUGUUGUUGCUGUUGGUUGGUUCUUCUUUUUCUUCUUCUUUGCCCUCUUAUUCUUUACCUCAUUCUCUUCCCUUUUAUUUUUUCUUCCACCUCCUCCACUUCCUCCAACUUUUCCUCUUUCCUCCUUCUCUUUCUUCUCCUUCUUGACUGGCUCAAUCUUUUUCUCCUUCAUCUUCCUCUUUCCUUUUCUCCUUCCCUCUCCUCAUUCUUUUCCUCCUCCUUUUCAAAAUUUGAGGAGAAAGCUUUCUGUUCUUCUUUUUCUUCUUACCUUCCUUAUUCUCAGCUUCUUCUUCCCCCUUUUAUUGUUCUUCCACCGCCUCCACUUCAUUACUCUUUUUCUCCUUCCUCCUCUUUCUUUUACUUUUUCCUUCUCCUCUUUCAUUAUCUCCUUCCUCCUACCCUUUCCUCUUCUUGAAUACAACCCGGCAUCAUGA